GUCUAUGUUCUUGAAGUUUCCAGAAAAUUUUUCGAACGUCGGCAAGGAGGUUCGCGGUUGCAUAAAUAGUUCCGCGACUUCCUAAAGGAUUUUUCAUAAGUGUGUAUUAUUGGUGAAAGAAGUUUGAUCGUUUCGUAGGAACGAAUUAAUCCAUUAUCAAAAUUAACAUUUAAUUAUUCAUCGUGCAUCAAUCAAGCACUCAUACGAUAGACACGACGACAUUUAAUUUGUAAUUAAAUGUAAAACUAUCAAAAGAGAAGAGAAGAGAAAGAAAAAAAGGGAAAAAGAAAGAGAAAGAAAGAAAGAAAGAAAGAGAAAAAAAAGAGAAAGAAAACGCUAUUCUCCUAUUACAUACAACUGCCUUGUUACGCUCAAUAAUAGCUUCUGAGCAUAUUAAUUAAUAACACAGUAGCUGUAUAAAAUUGUAAUACUUGUUCAUUUACGGCAACUACUAUUGCCUUACUUUAGUUUUAUAAAAAUGGCAAAGUGGGGAGAAGGUGAUCCUCGUUGGAUCGUAGAAGAAAGACCAGAUGCCACCAACGUAAAUAAUUGGCAUUGGACAGAAAAAAAUGCCUGUGCAUGGUCUCAAGAAAAGAUCAAGGAUCUUUUUACAAAUUUAAACAUCGAUGGCAAUGGAGUAUCCUGUAAAGUGUCAGAAGUAGAAAAGUGUGAAGGGGAGGCUGUAGCAAAUAAUAGAAAGGGAAAACUUAUUUUCUUUUAUGAAUGGAAUAUUGUGCUUAAAUGGACAUCUCUUGGGAAAUCAAGUAAAAAUAUUGAAGGCAAAAUUAACAUUCCAAAUCUCUCGGAAGAAAAUGACAUAUCUGAAGUAGAUAUUGAAAUUACAUUGAAAGAUAGCACGGAUGAAGGUGAAAAAGUAAAACAUUUCUUACAUACAAAAGGGAAAGAUAUAAUAAGAGAAAGCUUAAAGAAAUAUGUAUCAUCUUUAAAAGAAGAAUUUACAAAAGGAAUGAUACUUCCGAAAAAGGAUAAUGUGAAUGACAAUAUUACAAACAUAACAUCGGGAUUUAAUGUUAAAAUGCAAAUGAAUGCUGCUCCUAUGCAAGCCAAACAAAAUAAUGUAUUAGGAUAUAAAAUUUCAACUACAAUCAUAAAACAACAACAAAAGUUCCAAUGUAGAGCCGAAGAAUUUUACAAUGUGUUCACUACGCUAGAGAUGGUUCAAGCCUUUACAAAAGGACCGGUAAAACUUGAACCUAAAAAGAAUGGAAAGUUCGAAUUAUUUUGUGGAAAUAUAUAUGGAGAAUUUCUUGAAAUUUCUCCGACAAAGAUAGUACAAAAAUGGCGCUGCAAACAGUGGCCAUCGGGACAUUUUAGCGAAGUAACUAUCGACAUCUGUGAAAAGAAUGAUCAUACAGAAGUCAAUUUAACUCAAGUCGAUGUUCCCACAAGUGAAGAAGAAUCAACGAAAGAGAAUUGGGAAAGGUAUUAUUGGGAUGCUAUAAAGCGAACAUUUGGUUUCGGAUAUUUCAUGUGAUCUAAGUUCGUCCUAAUGAAUAUUUAUUUAUUGAUAAGUAGAACAAUUGCGAAUCGCACGCAAUAUCGCCCUUUGUAUACUGUCACGCGCGUAUUCGCUUCUACGGGGUUCUAGAAGAAACGGCGGGUCGAAAUUUAAAAGAAAAUUAAAUUCGUACCCAAAAUAUAAAGGACUCGCUGCUCUGUAUUUUCAUUGUACGGCCCGUACCGUCUAUACAUUGCAAUUAAAAAGAAAAAAAGAAAAGGGAAAAAAAUAAGAAAAGAAAAGAAAAACAAAGAAAACAACAACAACAGAAAUAAGAAACCUUUUACUGUUACGAUUGUGAUGAUAUCACUCGAAACAGAAAUGUACGCCAUUAUUGAUGAUGAAUGUGUACCUAAAUAAAAGAAGAAAGGAAAAAAAUCUUAAA